CUGCUGUUUUCAAGGCCCAUUAUCUUGUUUCAGGAGUUGUCAAAGUUGGAUGCACAACUCCUGGGCUCUUCAGCGCCACCGACCUCAACAGCACCAGUGUCAUGUUCAAUUGAAAUGGCAGCGGAUCCAAUCGCAGAGGUGUUAUCUCCGGACAAGGCGGGUUCACUCCUGUCCAUCCAAUCCGCGCCCCCAGAACAAAGCGAGCGGUCAGAGCCACGCGAGCGACCAGUCACAUUGCUGUUAGAACUACCCUUGGCGACUCAAGUCGGGGCGUAUUUAUCAGCCAUGUCGCCUACUGAUCAGGAAGAGGACUCCUUGUUGACUUUGUCGUCUGUGACCGCGCGCCCUCUGCUGGCAGCUUCGAGGAAGUUGAGGCCACAUUCGGACUCCGCUGAUCUUUCUCCCCCUGACGGCGGGUACGGCUGGGUGGUGGUCUUCGGUGCAUUCAUGGUUCAAUUCUGGGUCGCCGGUCUAUUCAAGUCCUACGGAGUCCUAUACGUAGAGAUCAUGGAGACAUUCCCUGACUCAUCAGAAAGCGUCGCUUCAUGGAUUCCCGCGGCUCUGUCUACUUUGUGCUUGGCGCUUGCGCCCCUCUCAUCAGCUCUAUGUGAGAAGUACUCUUGUCGUCUGGUGGUUUUCGCGGGAGGCCUAUGUUGUGGCGCAGGCCUGGCGCUGUCAUACUUCAGCAAUGGACUUUUGCAUCUAUUGCUCAGCUUCGGAGUAUUGACGGGUAAGGAUUCAAAGAUUUAUAUAUAUACUAGAAGACCCGGCGAACUUCGUAUUGGUGGAGGAUUGUCCACAACGCCGGGUAUUGUGAUCGUUUCACAAUAUUUCGACAAACACAGGGCGUUGGCUAACGGUAUAUGUGUGAGCGGGACGGCUGUAGGCAGCUUCGUGUUCCCGAUGCUCAUAGAAAAAUUAGUUGGAACAUACGGAUUUCACGGCACUGUACUGUUAUUGGGUGCUGGCAUGCUUCACGUGUGUGUCUCUGCCACGUUGUACCGAGCUCCACCAGCGAUAAGAGUAGCUUCACCAACGGCCACCACUACCACCACAGAAAACACCACGCUACUAAACGAUAUACAGGAAGGUAAAACAGCGAUCAUCAAUUCCAAAGACAACAAGCUACAGAACCUGUUCCAGCCGGAGACCGAGCUGACUUUGACUCUGAACCAAAAGAACAAUAUACUGAGUGAAGAAAAACGAGCCAACCUACUCAGCGAAAUCAUACACCCUAGUCUUAUAGAGGUCACAAGUCGUCCUCUUCAAAGUCAAAUGUCUGACUCGGAAGAUUCUGAGGGUAUGGACGUACUAGGAGUAGUAGGUCUGCCUCGGGAUGUGGUGAAGCUUCGUCUCCGACCCACGAGGUCAUCUUCUAUCCUACACUCUGUAGAAGAUCUAUCUACAGACAGUACGUGUGUUUACAAAGCAAGAGGAAGGAUUCUAAGCCGAUCUCUCUACAUUAAGCCGCCUCUACCGAGCAGAAUAAUACAAAGCAAGCUCUCCGAACCGGUGAGCAUUAAGAAGGAAGAAGAAUUAAAAGAAGAAACAGCAGAAGUUAAAGUAGAGAAGAGAGGAUGCGUUGAGACGAUAUCUAGGUAUCUCGACGUGUCAUUAUUAAAGUCCUGGCGCUUCGGUCUUCUGUGUGCAUCCGUUGCCCUCAUGUCAUGUGGCUCGCCCUACGCCCUGUAUUACUUACCAGCUUACACAGUCGCCGCUGGACAUAGUAAAGCGGCCGCCGGUCACCUGGUCGCUAUAAGCGCCAUCCUGGACCUGUGCGGCAGACUCGGCCUGGGCUGGCUGUGUGAUCUACAUUUGUUCUGCAGACGGAAGGCGUAUAUAGUCAGUAUUCUGGUGGCGGGCGCUGCUGUCUUGAGUCUGCCGAGUCUAACUUCGUGGUGGAGUUUGGCCAUCGCUUCCGGUGCCUACGGUCUCUGUCUUGGUUGCUGGUUCCUUCUCGUGCCAGUCUUGUUAGCGGACGCCUUCGGCACCGCCCGCAUCGCGUCCUCGUACGGCCUCGUAAGAAUGUUCCAGAGUCUAGCUGCUGUUUCUGUACCGCCGACAGCUGGUUUGCUUCGUGACGUCACCGGUGGCUACUCGUGGUGUUUCUACGGCAUGGGCUCCUGUAUGGUCCUGGGUUCGAUUCCCGUCAUAGCUUUCCACCUCAGCACCAAGAACGAAGACAACGAUUCAUCGGUAGAUUGA